GUGGUGUGUGAACAGGGGCCGUGCGUAUUUACGCUCAGAGUGUGUGCAUGUGUCCGGGGAGAGUUGGAGAGCCCGUGGCGCGCUGACACGAGAACCCCGCGUGUCUGAGAGCAGGACCCGGCACCGGGUGAUCAGCUUCCAGAGAGGAAGAAGAACUGUCUAAGAGCUCCUUCAUAUUUUUGGGCUUUUAUUGACUGCUUAUCCACGCGCUGUCCCGGCUGGCGUUGACGCGCAGCUGAGAGUGAAAGCAAACAAGUUGAUUAAGAAGAAGGGUCCGAUUCAGCUCGAGCGGCCCCAGAGUUUUGAUCGUAUUUUUAGCAUCCUUCUCUUCCCCCUCUCCCCGUCCCUUCUGAGCGCGGAGUGGCAGAGGGAGGGACGGGAGAACCGGGCGGACGGACCGUGAAGCUGCGCGCUUCCCCGGUGGGUGAUCCACUGGAUGCGGGACGAUGGAUUAACAGCCCUCCACGGACCCUGCCGCUGCCUCUUUUUCACCGCCUACCCCCUGUCCACCUCGGGAUUAUUUCAGCUCUCACCGACCUCCCCGAACCUCCCUCUCGAGAUGACCGAGGAAUAUGUUUUGCGGUGCGUCCUGAUGCUCUGCUGCGCGCUCCUCUCGGCCAACGCGAGUAACUGGCUGUACCUGGCCAAGCUGUCCUCAGUAGGAAGCAUCAGGGAUGAGGAAACGUGCGAGAGAUUACGAGGCCUCAUCCAGAGACAGGUUCAGAUCUGUAAGCGCAGUGUGGAGGUGAUGGAUGCGGUGCGCCGUGGAGCACAGCUGGCUAUAGAUGAGUGUCAGUUCCAGUUUCGCAACCGUCGAUGGAACUGCUCCACUCUGGAGACCAUGCCUGUGUUUGGCAAAGUGGUCACCCAGGGCACCCGUGAGGCAGCCUUUGUGUAUGCCAUCUCAGCAGCCAGUGUGGCGUUUGCGGUCACAAGGGCCUGCAGCAGCGGAGAGCUGGAAAAAUGUGGCUGUGACCACAAUGUACAUGGAGUCAGUCCAGAGGGGUUCCAGUGGUCAGGCUGCAGUGAUAACAUUGCAUAUGGAGUGGCCUUUUCCCAGUCCUUCGUGGAUGUGAGGGAGAGGAGUAAAGGCCAGUCCUCCAGUCGGGCUCUCAUGAACCUGCACAACAACGAGGCUGGCAGGAAGGCCAUCUUGUCCCACAUGCGUGUGGAGUGCAAAUGUCAUGGUGUGUCAGGCUCCUGUGAGGUAAAAACCUGCUGGAAAGCCAUGCCCCCCUUCCGCAAAGUGGGCAAUGUCAUCAAGGAGAAGUUUGAUGGUGCAACUGAGGUGGAACAGCGCAAGGUGGGCACCACCAAAGUCCUGGUGCCUCGAAACUCCCAGUUCAAACCUCACACAGACGAAGAUCUGGUCUACCUGGACCCCAGUCCAGAUUUCUGCGACUAUGACCCGCGCACGCCGGGUAUGCUGGGCACGGUGGGCCGUCAGUGUAACAGAACCUCAAAGGCCAUCGACGGCUGCGAGCUGAUGUGCUGUGGCCGCGGCUUCCAGACGCAGGAGGUGGAGGUGGUGGACAGGUGCAGCUGUAAGUUCCACUGGUGCUGUUAUGUCAAAUGCAAACAGUGCCGCAAAAUGGUGGAGAUGCACACUUGCCGGUGAUGGGAGGGGGGCUCAGAGGGCACUGCUGAUGAACAAAACAAACGCCCCACACUCCUGCUCAAUUGCUAAGGCCAGAGGGAGCAAAAAGGACACGUGGAACUCCCUCUUCUCCUGCUCGAAACCACCCCACCCUCCAACUACUGGUCACAGAAACAGACUGAGUGGCUGAGAGGUCAAAUGUCAUCCUAUUCAUUUUAUGCCACCUUAAUGGAUAUCAGUAGAUUAUGCAUGGGAUUUCCUACAAAGCUACAGAGGCAGUUUGUUUCUUCUCAAGUAGAGAUCAUCUUUCACUUUCUGUCUCCCUCCCUCACUCUCAUAUUUGCUUUGUCAUUGAUGCUUCUUAUUUUUGUAAUGUUUAACUUAUUUGUUGAGACUGAGGAGAUUGACGGGGGAUGGACCUAGAAGGGGACAGACGAGUGGAGAUAAUAAAGGACAAACUGGACCCACCUGUGGGCAGAUGGGUGGGGUUAAGGGGUUGGGGUGGGGUCAAGAGGAGGGUUGUUUGCCCUCUAUCCUUGCUGCUGCUGCUGCUGCUGCUUCGGGGACUCACUUCGAGUGCUGGAUGUCAAAAAGGGAGACGCCGAGUCUGUCGGAGGACGGACUUGAACAACAAGGAGGAACGUGUCACAAACAGACUUUCUGUGACUUGCUUCCUGAGUGUACAUGGCUGUGCUGCGCUGAGGUUCAGUUGCUGUUGAGUCAUUUAAUUUGCCCCCUGCAAUGCCCUGAUGCUGCUCCACUCACUCACUCACACACACACUCACUGUCUUUCUGUCAGAGCGAGGACGAUGAUGGACAGGUGAAAGCCACUGUCAGCUCCUUCCUGUCUUUUCUGUAGACCCGUAGCACUGGCAGGCGAUGGGCAUGAAACACACAAAACACACACAUACCAAACAAACAUUACUCCAAACAGACACCUGUAUUUAUCCACAGCUGCUACCUGCGACAGCAAACCAGAAACCUUAAAUCAAAAUAGUUUCCAGAUCAGAUAUUAAAUGAUUGGUUAGCAUUUCAGAACAUUGAUCUUGGCUUCCUCCUGCACCAUCUGCCAAACGCUAGUUGGCUUUAAUGCAAACACAAGUAAACACACAGAGACAUGCAUGGACCAGCAAACAUACUCAGUGUAAACACACACAUACACAAAGGGGUCUGCCAGAGGGUUGCCGAGCAUGUUCACCAUGCAUGAUGACUGAAGCACUUUCUCUCCAAGCGCACAUAGAGCCCUCGCCCCACAGCAACCGACAUCUGAACACACAUUCAGUUCAUUCUGUUCCUCAAACACACACACACACACACACACACACACACACACACACACAAACAUGGUUUCCCAUGCCACUGUCAGGACUAUUGUUGUCUUGUACCACCACCAUAAAGCCAAGCUUUCCUAUAAUAACGUGCUAUCAUUAUAGAGACAUACUGUAGAUCUGUAAAGACUUAUACACUGAAGAAGACUAUACUGCCUAUGAAUGUAUGUUAAUACGGAAUAUAUGCUGUGUCAAAAAUGA